AUGCUUUCCGAAAUUUUCUCGAUAAACUCAAAGAUCGUAGAUUUUUUCACUGGUACUACCGAGUCACACAGACUAAUAAGGAAAGCCUUUGAUGUCUGGCACAAAUGCAUUGUGGAGGAAUUUGAAGAAAAACGGGAGAAAGACAGUUUGGAAAAGCUUUGGAAGGACUUCGCAAAUAUUACUGAGACCUGCACUAUUCGUUCGAAGCUGUCAAAUAUAAAGCUGACGCCUUUUGUAAAUUCUGAUGAAACUAAGUAUUACUUAUUCAGCGACAUACCUGAAGAUUUCGAGCCUAGUGUCAUUGUAUCACUUGGAAUUGGUGCUGAUGUUGGAGCAGAGCUUGCGCUCAAAGAAAAGCUGCCAGAGGACACUGAGUUUUUUGGAGCUGAUCCCGUUUAUUCUCCAAACGCAGAGCUCUUCAGCAAAGUAGGAACGUUUUUCCCACUUGCAGUGAGUGAAAGGACAGGUCUUGUACGCUCUGGACUUCGCAAUGAUGACGGUUCCUACCGAGAAGUGGACGCUGUCAGUAUAGAUAUGUUGACAUUCCUUAGAGAUAUGGUUAAUCGCACCGUUAUUGACCAUUUGAUCAUGGAUAACGAAGGUCCGGAAUUUGAUCUCUUACCUAUGAUAGCAGUCGACAAUGUACUGGAAAGGAAUGGUAUAACAAUAUGUCAGAUGAAUGUGGAGGUAACAUCUCUUCUUACAGUCCUUUUUAGUAAUCGCUAUCACGUUGCCUCAAAAUUCCGUCCUUUUUGA